AUGAACUACUUCUUGGAAGACUGUCAACAGGACACGAACUCUUCAUCAAGGUAUGAUAAGGAUGGAUUAAGCAUUGAGGGGGAAACUUUUGCCAGACGUUUCAGGUGUUGGGGGGCGACGGUGGGAGGCGCCUCACCGACAACGAAAUAUUUCGCUACAUCAGUCAAGACACUUUGCCAACGUUACAUAUUUCUUACAUAGGUAUACUGUCUUUAAUAUGUAAUUUCUAAUAUUCUAUUGUGUAUAUAUAACUGCAUGGCCCCAUGAAAAACAUUCCCUUGAGAAUAAAUCCUGGUUUUGACUCCGCCAUUUUGUUGAUUAAUUUUUCAUUGAUUUUAUCAUCAUUAUUAUUGCAAACAUUCGGUUAAUGCAGGCCUCCCCGCUGCUUAGGAUUAUUUAGUGAUAUUUUAUAAUUUGCAAAUAGUUUUAUUUUAACACUUUACAGGAUUGUCGAAGCUUUGAAUAACUUUGGCAUAGAAACAUUAGUCAUCGGUCCAAAUGGAAAAUUUCAAAAAAUCAAAAGAAACUACGCUGUUAAUAUACAGGCUGUACAACCACAACAUUUUAGCGGGCUAACAUUUUCUGGGAUUGUCAGAAAAUCUCGUAUAUCACCGUUGAGGAUUAAUGACAGUUUGACACAAUAUAAUGACCACGUUCCACAAGCUUCAUCUUCUUCGAUCAGUAUUCCACGAACUAUAUUUGACGAAUCAACAAUUACGAACAGCUCCAGACAACAGAGAAUCAUUUUUGUAUUCUAUAAGAAAACAAGUUUUUUCAAAGUGUCCUUGGAGGACACCAAGAAGACGUCAAGCCGUUUGAAUAGUUUUGUAAUUGCUGGAAGCAUUAAGGGAUUAUUAGUUGCGAAUUUAAGCGAGCCAGAGCUCUACAGAGUGUCUCGCGAGAAGACGCGAACAGUAAAUUGUGUUCAUACUGGGAUUUUACCCUGGGGAAUUGGUCACAAGAAGGUUGCAUGUUUAAAAAGGUUCUUAGUGAUGGCAGAAUCCUUUGUAACUGUAACCAUCUUACCAACUUUGCGAUGUUGAUGGUAAGUUUAUUCAUUUAUCUUCAUUAAAUUUUUGAUAAUUUGUCUGCAUCUGAGUACUGUGGACGGAUCAGAUCACAUUAUAUAUUUAUUUUUUAGGAUAUCAAACCAGCGGUAAUCACAAAACAUGAGAGAAUACUUGGUGUAAUUAGUUAUGUUGGAUGUGCGCUCUCAUUGGCCGGACUGAUCUUUACAAUAAUAACGAUACUAAUAUUAAGGUGAUUAAAAAGAUGAUUAGUAUGUAUGUAUAUAUAUUUUUAAGAUCAAAUAAAUAUAUAAUAUAUCCUUUAUGAUAAAUUCCCUGUAAAAUCAUGUUGCAAUUGUUAAGCCCCUCACUCCCCCAUCUCAGUAAUUGGCUCUGCUGUCCUGUGUUCGUAUCUAUAUUUGUUCAUUAUGUCCGUUUCUGUGAUAUGUUAGGCCUACUUGUGAAAACGUAUCAGUUGCAUAUAUAUAGUUUAAUAAAAUAAAAUACUAGUGUUAUUUUUACAUUUUAGCGAACUCCGUAGCAAAAUUCCAAUGAAGAUUUUGUUGAACUACUGCACUGCUUUGUCGUUAACGUUAAUCGUGUUCGUGGCCACGCCUGAGCCUGAGGGAUCAAAGUCGUCAUCAUUAGCCCGCUGUGGGACAGCAGCAGUCGCCUUGCAUUACUUCUUGUCGGCAGCGUUUUUGUGGAUGGCGGUAGAAGCAUUCAGUUUGUAUCUGGCAAUAACCAAAGCUCGUAAAUUUGAUUCGUUUCCUUCCAUGUUUAUGUUGAAAUGCUGUCUAUUUGCUUGGGGUAAGACGCGAAAUUUCGGAUACAUCAUGCAUGUUUUCUAACUGAACGAAGCAGUAAUAGGCAUUUUAAUAGAUGUUUGCGCGUGUUUUGUUGAAAUAACAAUUGAUUAUUAUUUACUAAAACUAACAAAAAUUAAAAGAAAAAACAUGAAGCUGAUAAAUGUAGAUUUAAAUAUCUGUUACAGAAACCUAACAAUACGAAAUUCCUGAACAUGACACUGGUGUCACCCACUUUUUCAAAAACUUUAUUGAAGAAAAGUCCCAAGAUUGCAACAUUUCCAUUCAAACUGGGUUAAAUUAUUUUGGAUUCAAAAAUCGUGUCCAUUUUCACGAUUAAUGAACGAAAUCAUUCGAAUAUAUAGUUAGGAAAAACGAGUCGUGUAUAGUUAACUCAUUUGGAUACAACACAGAUCGAAAAAUCCCGUCAACAACGAAGAGUAGAAAAACUAUCUUCAAAAAGUUGCUUAGGGGCGGACCAUUAGAAAAGUGAUGGGGCAAAAGCAAAAAUAAAAUCGAGCAAGGAAAACAGAAAAAAAAUUUGAGCACGAAAAAGUUUAAAAAAAAAUUCGUGCAGAGACUUUUCAAUAGGGAAAAUUAUAAGUUGUGUAAGGGUGGCCCCAAAUUUGGAAAAUAAAACGUUUUUUGAUAUCAGUAAUGGUGUGAGAAAAAAAUUUUCUAAACUAAUAGGUGCAAAAAACGCGUUUUAAGCAUGUUUUAAGAAGAAUUUGUCGGGGAAAAUGUGUUUUGAUCUUAACUAAACUGAUGUUAGUCCGCAAAAUUUUUUUGACCCUUUUUUAUGUCCUGAAAAAAUUGAAAAAUUGAAAAAAUAAAAUUCGAGCAAGGGAUUAGUAAAAAAAUAAUUAUCGACACAAGCAAAAAAUUUUGAAAAAAUAAUCGUACGGGUUGGAAAUGCCCCCCCCCCCCAUCACUUUUCUAAUGGUCCGUCCCUUAAAGUUCUUUAUUAUUGCCUAAGAUUUAUAAAGGAAACGGUUUCUCAUGCCUUUUUUAUUUAUACGUAUUUUUAGGUACACCCGCUGUAAUCGUAACAAUAACAAUGAUAGUGGCUCUUGACAAAUAUGGCGAUGAGAGAAAGUAA